CCACCAAUCAGAAUAAAGCAUACGGAUCCACUGUUUCACAUUCAAAAGCCGUUGGGAACUCAACUUCCACGUAUAUAUAUAACCACGCAUUAUUUACCUGAUCAGCCUUUUCGCAAUCUGAAACCCUAGUUUCCAAAUCCAUCAAUUCUCACCUUUUCAAUUUGUUACUUUGAUUCGCAAUGGCUCGUACGAAGCAGACCGCUCGCAAGUCCACCGGUGGAAAGGCUCCAAGGAAGCAACUUGCUACCAAGGCUGCUAGGAAAUCUGCUCCAACAACCGGAGGAGUGAAGAAGCCUCAUCGUUAUCGUCCUGGAACUGUCGCACUCCGUGAGAUCCGUAAGUACCAGAAGAGUACCGAGCUGCUGAUCCGCAAAUUGCCGUUCCAGAGGCUUGUUCGUGAAAUUGCUCAGGACUUCAAGACUGAUCUGAGGUUCCAGAGCCAUGCUGUGCUAGCUCUUCAGGAGGCAGCUGAGGCAUAUCUCGUUGGUCUCUUUGAGGACACCAACCUGUGUGCCAUUCAUGCCAAGAGGGUCACAAUCAUGCCCAAGGACAUCCAGCUCGCAAGGCGUAUCCGUGGAGAGCGUGCUUAGGUUGUUUGAGUGCUUAUCACAGAUGAAGGUUUGUGUUGCCUUUGUCUGUUCGUUUAUUACUUAUGCUAGAUUCUGUUUGUAAUGUUUGGGAGUAAACUUGAACCAGAACCCUUCUAUUGUAGGAUGUAAAUUCUAUACAACUGAUAAGUUGUAAGAUUUGGUAAUAUGUGGAUAUUAAUGUGAUAAUGUGGUGUUUCUCUAAA